AUGGAGAUCCCGGUGAUGGGGAUCCCGGUGAUGGGGAUCCCGGUGAUGGGGAUCCCGGUGAUGGGGAUCCCGGUGAGCCUCGGAAAUGGGGAUCCCGGUAAAUGGGGAUCCCGCGGCUGUGGAUCAGCGGUGUGGGCGCUGAGGGGAAAUGAAGGUGAAGCGGAGCUCACUCCGCGCUCUGCCGUUGUUUCUCCUCAGGGUGCCGAGUCGCUGCUGCGCGCCAAGGCCCUGCCCUGUGUGGCGGUGCCGGUGAGGGGCCGGAGGAAAUGGCCGCGGGUGCCCGAGUGGGCUCGGGAGCUGAGCGCUGAGGAGAAGGAGCGGCGGCUGCGAUCCGCGGCUCCCGUGUUCCCGGACGAGCGCAUGGAGCGCACUUUCUUCCUGGCUUGCACGGCUGAAAUCAUGGAUCCCUACGUCCCCCCCGAGGGCGAUGCCCGCCUGACCUCGCUGUCCAAGGACGGGGUGAAGCAGCAGAUGCAGAAGCUGAGGCAAACAGCGGCCUCUCAGCUGGCGUACGUACCCCUCCAGGAAUUUUUUUGGGAACCUCUUUCCCUGUGCUGGGGUGACCGGGGGUGUUUUCUCUGCAGCUUUAACAAGCAGAAGCUUCACUCCCUGGUGACCGAGCGCUGCUACCCCGACAUGGUGCGGGGGAACAGGUACAGAACCAUCCGGUGGAGGUUUGUGGAGUCCCUGGAGCCGCCCAGGGUGGUGCACGUGCGCUGCGAGGGCGUCCUGAACCGGGGCAACCUCUAUGGGCAGGUGACGGUGAGGAUGCACAGCCGCCAGAUUUUGGCCAUCUAUGACCGCUUUGGGCGCCUCAUGUACGGCGGGGAGGAAAUUCCCAAGGAUGUUCUGGAAUAUGUCGUGUUUGAGAGGUACCUGGUGAACCCCUAUGGAACGUGGAGGAUGCACGGGAAGAUCAUCCCAGAGUGGGCCCCACCCAAGGAUCCCAUCAUAAAGACCGUGAUGAUUCCAGCCCCGGAUGCCUCACAGGAGCACGAAACGGUGAAGUAGAAAAUUCUGGAAUGUGGACAGGGACAUCAGACAGGCCAGGAGGGAGGAUUGGGAAUUGUGCCUUUGGGAAUGGGCUCCAGCCACUCCAAAAUUUGUACAAAUCCUUCAAAACGAGCGAGCCUCGCCCUCGCUGGGUUUCCAUGAGGAUGAGGAGCUUCGGGAGCAUCCAGAGGCCACCCUCUGUCCUGGAAUUCCAUGGGAGAGCCCUUGGAGUGUUUGUCACCUCCAUGGGGAGUGUCACAGACCUGCAGCUCAGUCAUUAAAACUUCACCAGUGGCUGUUGGCACUGUUUUUUCCCCA